GCCGCGGGGGCGACGCUGCCGCCCGCCCGCCCGGGGCUCUCCGGGACGCGCCGCGCUCCGCCCGCCCGAGGCGGAGAGAGAGAGGGAGAGGAGGAGGAGGAGGAGAGACAGGGGGAGAGGAGAGCUGAUGCCUAAGCGAGUCACUCGGCGCAGGCACGGCGGGCGGGACCACAACUUCCCGGGGCGCGGAGCGGCGCGGAGCGGCGCGGAACGGAGCGCGGCGGUCGGAGCGCGCCCAUGUCAGCGCGGCGCCGGGGGACUGCACGGCGCUACGGGCAGCACUGAGCAACCCUCCUCGCCCAGCGAUGUAUUCACUGCUCUCCGCCUGCACUUGCCUAUGUUUACAUUUCCUGCUGCUGUGCUUUCAGGUACAGCAUGGCGAGAUGAAGGCUGGGAGGAGAGCGGAGAGAGGGAGCAGCCUGAAUGCAUCCCAAGGAGAAGCGCGAGGGGGAAAGGUGUUGUUGAAGCUGAAGGACGCUGUUGGUACAAGGAUAAAUAGACGUAAGCUGGACAUGUUUGUUGCCGAGGAGAAUGUAGAUUUUCGGAUACACGUGGAGAACCAAACACGAGCAAGAGACGACGUGAGCAGGAAGCAGCUCCGGCUCUAUCAGCUGUACAGCAGGACAAGCGGGAAGCACAUCCAAGUGCUGGGCAGGAGGAUCAGCGCCAAAGGAGAAGACGGAGAUAAAUAUGCCCAGCUUCUAGUGGAAACAGACACUUUUGGCAGUCAAGUCCGGAUCAAAGGGAAGGAGACAGACUUCUACCUUUGCAUGAACAGGAAAGGCAAGCUAGUAGGGAAGCCUGAUGGCACCAGCAAGGAGUGCGUCUUCAUUGAGAAAGUCCUAGAAAACAACUACACGGCGCUGAUGUCAGCAAAAUAUUCAGGCUGGUAUGUUGGAUUCACCAAAAAAGGGAGGCCACGGAAAGGGCCCAAGACCCGAGAAAACCAGCAAGAUGUACAUUUUAUGAAGAGGUACCCAAAGGGGCAAGUGGAGAUACAGAAACCUUUCAAGUACACAACAGUCACCAAGAGGACUAAGAGAAUACGACCCACCAACCCCAGUUAAAAGUAGACGAAACAGUGUCACAAUAAUAAACCACAAAAAAAAAAAAAAAAAAAAAAAAAAAAAACUGCACCAGAGGAAUAUUUUUACAUUAAAAAUAAGGAAGAAGCUCUAUUUUUGUACAUUGUGUUUAAAAAAAAAAUAAAAAUAAAAAAAAUUAAUAAAAGACUAGAUGGCAAACGCUGGGGAAAAGCUGUUAGGGAUUUAUUGUGACUUGAAAAAUGAAAUGAACUGCUCUAUUUAAAUUGACUUCUUGUUGUUGAUGACACACAGGUGCUUAUUUCUCUUUUUGGAAAGGACAACUUUUCAAGCAUAUCCCCAGAGGAAAAAA